CUCAGUCGACGACGUGCUUUACGCAUGAUCGGUAUGAUCACAACGCUCAUGUUGGCAGGAUUUAAUUGAUUUUCUACGGUUUUCAACACUGUGAACAAUUAUUAAUUUGAAUUGGUGUCGCGAUUGGCGCAUUCAUUUUGAACGAGAACGUGGUUAUGUGCGUUUCUUCGGCGCGAGGCCUUCGUGAUCCACCUAACCUGCGUUGUUAACAAUUGCACGUGAACGGCGUAUUUUGCUGAGAAGCCUGUUGUAUGUCCUUCUGAGAAUACAAUGGUGAUGGAGGAAUCAGAUAUGGAAUUAGCCUCGGAAAGUAUACCGGUUCCCCAGGUACAGGAGCCAAUAGUCGAUACAGUUAAACGUAAUAACAAGUCGGGCGUUUCGCGUGGUAAACCAAGGCUGAGGAAGAAAGCGUUGCACGCCUCGAUACUUAGGCAAAUGGAGUUUUAUUUCAGCGACGCUAAUUUGAACAAGGAUCGCUACCUGUCGGGACUCUUAAAGGAAGAUCCAUAUGUGGAUCUUGAAAUAUUCACUAGAUUUAAUAAGCUGCGCGAGCUGACCACAGACACGAGCAGGAUAGCUAAGGCUCUGCAGGGCUCAGCUAUAUUGAAAGUAUCGGAGGAUGGUACAAAGGUCUGUCGAUUAACACCGAUUCAGAAGAAGGAGAACAUCGACCAGUGCACAAUUUAUGUGCAAAACCUACCUCCGGAUGCUGAUCACGACUGGUUGAUAUCUAUCUUCUCUAAAUACGGAUCAGUAGAAUACGUCUCGAUUCCACGUUACAAGAGCAACAAGAAGAUAAAAGGGUUUGCAUUUGUGGAAUUUGAUACACCCAACAGUGCUCAAGAGUGCAUCAAGACAUUUCGAAAAAAGAGAUGUGUCUUGCCAUCAUAUAUAUCUCCCAAUGAGUUAUUAAGUAUAACGACGUUUGACGAACCUGAAAAAGAUGCAGUGAUUGGAGUAAUUAGUUCAAAGUCUAGGACAAAAUCGAAAGAUGAAAAAGAUAAGGCCAAUGAAGAAAUGGGAAAUAAAGAUAACUCGCGCGAAACAGAUAUAGGAGAUAAUAAUAGCAAACAAAUUAAAAAAAAAAAAUAUUCUUCUGACAAAUCAUUUUCUACAGACGAGAACGAUGUUAAGGGUAAGAAAAAGAAAAGGGAAACUGAUCAAAAUAUAACAGAUCAGCAAGAUGAAAGAAGAAAAGUAUCCAAAUCUGAGUCUGAAGACCAGGAUAAUACAUGUGAUAAUGAAACAGAUGCAGCAGAUAAUACUAGACAAAGAAAAAGAAAAUAUUCAGAAAAAUCGUUCGUUACUGACGAAAGCGACGUUAAAGUCAAAAAGAAGAAAAAAGAAGUGAACCUAAGCACGACGGAUCAGCAGAAUGAAAAAGAAAAGAUACCAAAAGAAGACAAGGAUAAUGUCUGUGAUGACGAGACAGAUGCAGCAAAUGAUAGUAGACAAGGUAUGAAAAAAGAAAAAUAUGUUGCAGAUGAGAAUGAUAUUAAAGUCAAGAGAAAGAGAAAAACCUCAGAUCAAAAUAUGACAGGUCAGCAGAAUGAAAAAGAAAAGAUGCCAAAGGAAGAAUCCGAAGACAAGAAUAAUACUUACGAUAACGAAACAGAUACAGCAGAUAAUAAUGAUCGACAAAGCUUAAGAAAAAGAAAGCUUUCAGAAAAAUUAUAUACUAAAGACGAAAGGGAUAGCAAAGUCACUGAAAGUAAUACAGAAAGUCAAGAGAUUUCGAACAAAAGUCGCAACAAAAGCACAGAGAAAAGGAAGAGAAGACAUACGAUAAACGAUACAAUGAUUGCGGAAGACGUCGUUGGAGAAGCAGUAAAGAAAGAAUGCCAAAAACCGGCGACAAAUUCGAGUAAAAACAAAACGACAGAAUUAGGAUGUUCAUACGAGGGCGACGAGAGCAACGAGACAAAUGCUUUGUUGCAAACUGAGAAACAUUCCACAAGCGAUUGCGGCAUGAGGAAUAGCGAUAUCGAGGAGACCAGUGCCGACGAGAGGAAGAAGAAGAAAAAUCGGAAGAAGAGAAGUAAGGUUCAGGAGAACGAUAUCUGUAGUAAGAUAGGCUUGCAAAUAAUGGCGAAACCAGAUUGGAAGCGUCUUAGAAAUAGAUACUUGGAUUUGCAGCGGCAUAAAAUGUCACAACUGAAAGUGCACUUGAGAAAAGCUGAGGUGGACAGAGGCGGAAUUAUAAAAAAUGGAUACCACGAUAAAGCUGGAGGACAGAAUAGUACAUUGCAUGAUAAACCGAAAUACGAAAGCGACAAUGGGAAACUCGAGGAAGAGAACAAGUCUUGCGGACGCGUUAAUUAUGCGCCGGGAAUUAUAGUGAAAAUCGAAAUGGAUGAACCUUGCACAAAUCCGCAGAGCUUUAAGAUGGAGUUAAGAGACAACAAUUCGGUGAAAUAUAUAGAUGUGGCGGCUGAUUCUUGCGAAGCCUAUGUAAGAUGCGAUACAGCGGAAGCUGCGCAAACAUUUGCACAGGGGAGCUACGAAGGAAGACGCUUGAUUGUCUUAGAAGGUGAUGAAGAGAAGUUGUAUUGGGAUAAAAUAUCGGAGGAUAGGAUGGAAAAGUUGAGUAAAAAGAAAAGAGUCAAGCAAAGAGGCCGUCAUAAGUUGCUGAAACGAGCGGAGAAAGAACUUGGAAAAUGUAUAAAGUUUGAUCAAGAUUGACUUACGGUAUUCGAUUUUGUAUAAAAUUUUAAAUAUAUAACACGUUAUAUAUUUAAAUACACGUUAUAUGUGUACAUAUAUGCACGUACAUGUAUGUAAAUAACGGUAUCGCUAUAUUUGAAGUGUCAUUAAAGAAAAUUUGAUGAUAAAAUUAGUUGAAUAAAUUACAUAAAAUAUUUGCUUCUUUGCUAUUUAUCAAUAUAUUGCAAAGUAAUCUAAUACAUUAACAUGUUGAUUUUAGAGUUUAAGAUAUUAUGAGUGAUUAGUUUAAAUUUUAGUUUAAAUAAAAUGCUUCUUUACGAGAAAA